AUGCCAUCUCGUGUUCGUGGAGAUCGUGGAGGGGAGAACCUUCAGGUCGCUACACAUUUAGUUGCAACAAAUGGCCACAAUCGUGGCUCAUUUUUAUGGGGAUCAUCAACACGAAAUUCUCACAUUGAAUGGCUGUGGGUUGAAGUGGGCACACAGUUUGCACACCGAUGGCGUGGAUUUUUUACCAGGCUCGAACGACUUCAUAAGCUCGACAUUGACAAACCUGGGCACAUCUGGUUGCUUAGUGUGCUCUUCUCAAGUGCACUCAAUGAUGAUUGCCAACAAUUUCAACAAGAAUGGAAUUCCCAUCCGAUUCGUGGUUCUGAGACCAAUAAUCGAAGCCCUCAGGAUAUGCAUCUUCUAGGACAGGCAUUGUUAGGCAUCUAUGAAGAUGAGUUUGAGGGGAUCCAUCCUGCAACUCUGCAGCGCUAUUAUGGUAUUCAUGGCAGAGAGACAAUCCGCCAUCUCAAUCAGACAGGUGCUGGCCACCCAAAUGAUGAGUUAGAGAAUGAGGAAGAUGGUGUUAUUCAUCGUAUCGAGCAGGAUCAAGAAAACAAUGUCCAACAUGAUGCCAUUGAUGUUCCUGAUGGUAAUACCCCUUUUCUGAAUGAAGAUGAUGAAAAUAUAUUCUUCGAGAUACUCGACGAGGUUAUUACUGAGGGUACCAUACCAGUGGGAUAUAAUUUGCAGGAGGGUGAGGAUGACUAUGACGAAAACACAACAGAACAUCUAUGA